AUGUUGUUCCACACGAUUGGCCCAUCUCUUCUGGUUUCAAGCGAAACAGACAUCUUAUGUACUGCACAGUAUCACGCCAACCAAAAAACUAGCCCCGAAUCGCCCGCGGACUCACCGGUGUCCUCACUGACUCAGCGGCUCGUGGAGCGCGCGAGGUGGAACACCAUCGGCACCGGACUUAGAGGCAUGUUUGACGGUUGGCAUUUCGAAGAGCAUGUGGAUGAUACGAGCACUGGAUCGGUGCUGAAGACGCCGUCCCCGUGGCUACACUCGCAUAGCAGAAUGCGACCGAAAGACAGAGUGGCGCACAUGUACCAAAAGUUCAGGAAUCUACGACUGAGAGAUAGGCCUUGGGCCAGAGACAAGACUUGCGCCAAAUCGCCCGAAACCGCCAGUUUGGUGGCUCCCGCUAUCGGCAUCGGCCCGGUGUGGAGCAGUUCUGGUAGCAGGGCCGACGACCUCGGUUUUGCUGCAAAUGCUGACUCGAACACCGAGACAUGUCAGACACGAGACAAAAGAUAA